UAAAAAAGCAAAGUUUAUCACUGCGUACUCCCUGAACUUCAAUGGCACCCAAACGAAAGCUCCAUCUGUCUCCCGAAACUGGGUCCAAAAAGAAACGGGGAAGAGGAGCACGAUCACGCGGAGACCAGCAAGCCAUGGGCUUAGAACAAACCCUUUACCUAUCACGAGGAUCCCGUGUAAUGUUAAAACGAAAUAUCUGGACCACGAAAGGACUCGUUAACGGAGCAUUAGGUUAUGUCCGCGAUAUCGUCUACGCUCCAGGAACAACUCCUGAGGACUCUCUACCGGUGGCGAUUAUGGUGGAGUUCGAUAAAUACAGUGGCCCUACUGUAGGAAACAACUGCAUUCCCAUCUGUUCUUUGACGGCUCAAUGGACCGACCGUGGCCGGAAGCACACCCGAACGCAGUUCCCAUUGUCACUUGCCUGGGCGCUUACUAUUCACAAGGCUCAAGGGAUUACAUGUGAAAAGGCCGUGAUCAAUGUCGGACUGCGGGAGUUUGCUUCCGGCCUGAUAUAUGUCGGAUUGUCAAGAGUGAAAUCGUGGAGUGGACUGGCUAUCGAGCCGACUUUUCCUUUUUCACUUCUAAGCGCAAUCAAGUCAAAAAAAGCUACGGUUCAAAGACUGAAAGAAGAGCAGCGGCUCAAAAGUUUAGCCUGA